AUGAGGGGUUUUGUGGACAAAAUUGAAGCCUGGGACAACUCUUCACUGAUAUUUAAAUUUCAUAUAAAGGUCAGUGGAAAGUGCGUUGGAGUUUCUUUGCUUUGUGACCAAAUUUCAAAGAAUGAUAAAUGUUAUGUUGUCUAUGCUGGAUUCAAUGCAUUUCGCAUAGUUGAAGUGGAGUACAAUGACUAUUUUAUUUUUCAUGUCAUUAAUUACAACAAAUUGAAAACAUUCAAAAUGAUGGGACUCUAUGCCCGAAAACCAGAUGUGGAUGAAAAACUCAAGGAGAGGUUUGGAGAACUUUGCCAAAAAUAUGGAAUUCCUGAGGAAAACAUACUGGACCUGACUGAUGACGGUACGUGUAUCUAUCUCUGGUCUUCUCUGCCUAAAUCCCCAUGUUACUGA